AUGUCAUCUCCUCAUGCAGCCCCAAUGGAGAUGAUGAGCGCCAUGGAAGAAUCAAUUAGGAAAGCUGCAGAAUCCGGAGUCUUCACUUGGGACUGCAAGCACGAAGAAGAAGUUAUGCUGGAGCUAUAUGGUCUGUUUCUCGGUGGCAACAAUCCCAUGCAGGCCGAGGAAUGUAGCCAAGCAGGGCUGCAUUGCAACUACUUCUGCAGGACAUGUGAAGUUGGCAGAACAAAAGAGUACAAAGAGUCAGAUGAGGGCUACAAGAGAAAACAUUGCACUCCCGCAGGAACGGCAGAAGAGAUUCACACGCAGUUUUCUUCUGUGCUUGCUUUGUGUGCAACAGAAAAGAUUAAGAAAUCUGUCGCUUCGUCAGGUGUGAAGGACACAAUAACUGGUUACAUUCUCGAGACAGUCAUUGAGCUGGGGAAGAAACUUCGCAAAUGGGGUGCUGGUGUUCAGGCAAAGCCAGAGGCUGAAGUCAAGGCUAUCCUAGAGAAGCAACUCGAAGACCUCCUGUGA